UUGUAUCUUAGCAACAUGGCUACCUGCUUUGUUGCAAUAUCGGGUUUAAUUUUAGUGUUAUUUGUUCCAAUGUGUUUUCAGUUAAGUUCAGUUGAGUCACUGUGUGUACCUCCAGAUGCACGAGAUUCUAAGAUGGCCCAGAAAGCACUCAAACUUUUACAUUCACACAAAAAUACAGAUCUCAUCUUUGAAAUUAUCCUAGCACAUGAUCUAGGAGACACUGUGAUAGACCAUACAGGUAGUGAGCCUGUGGAGAGGACAGAAUCUGAGAGAGAUGUGGAAAAGUUCCAGAUACCAGCACACAGGGUCGUCAUAGCAGCUAGGUGUGACUGGUUCCGUCGUGCUCUACUUAGUGGAAUGAGAGAAUCAAUAGACAGAAAAAUCACAGUUCAUGACACAAAUCCAGAGUUGUUCAGUAUGUUUUUAGAAUAUUUAUACAGUGGUCAGUUAGAAAUGAAUGAUCUGGCAACAGAGCAGCUUGCAGAUAUGAUGACAUUAGCUGAUAGAUAUGACACUGUCAGUUUAAGAUCUAGAUGUGAACAUUCAUUAAAACACCAUGUAGAUGACGAUACCAUCUUCUAUCUACUUACUCUAGCUGAUCAACUUAAUGCCAAAACACUCAAGGAGAGCUGUAUGUGGUAUGUCGGUGAGCGACCUAUGUUAACAAACAGCGAAGUAUUUCAAGAUCUACCAGAACAUUUACAGAUGGAGGUUGAAGCUCUCACAUUAACUAGUCUUGAUGGUCCAGUACAUUCCAGUACAGACACUCCAAGUUCUGUGUCCAGUGUUUCUGAAAUGGAAGAAGUUCUAGAUAGAAUGAAUGUAAGUAAUGUAAAAAUGAACCGGAAGUGUUAAGUUUCUUAUAUAUUA